AUGCAGUCUGCCGAGACCAACACCAAGCUGAACCGGGGUUGCCUGCUCCUGGCUCUGAGGCGAUACAGCGCUGCCGUCCACAACAUGGAACAGACUGUCCUCCUCCCCAGCUUGCUCAGAGAUGUGGAGUCAGACUCCGAGGAAGAAGACGACUGUUUCCAGGAUUGUCGCUCUGCAGCCGAAAGCUCCUGUAAAGACCUCUAUGACUACUACCUGAUGCUGAAGGCCGUCAGGAACGCAGUGGAGAGCGGACUGGUCCAGCUGGAUGACCGCAAGGCCAAGACCCAGAACCACCUGUCCCUGAGUAAGACCCUGGAGCCCAUGCUGGAGGCUGACCCAGAGGCCCUGUUCCACUUCCACCUCAGGGGACUGUUCUCUGUCAUGGGAAACCUCACCAAGAAGUCCCAGGGCGUCACGACCAAGUACAUGGACAUCAUUGGAAUAAUGCAUUAG